GACACACCGGACCAGUGGCUCUCCAUUGAGAAAAGGAAAUGCUACCGCUGUCACUGCCACCUUGCGUCAUUGCAUGAGAGACACUCACACUGAACUCAACUCACCGGAGUCUAUCAUCGAUCGUCAUCAACACUCGUAUACUCCGUACACAGGUUUUGUAUUUACGAAUUGGGAGUUUGGAGGCACCUUUGUUCAAAAUGUCUGACCUUCCAUUUAAAGUCGGUGAAUUGAUUGAGUCACGAUACUUUUCAAACGGUUUUCGUGGUGCAUGGUUCAGGUGCAAGAUCUUAAAGAUUAAAUAUGGUGGGAUGAGCUAUCUAUUGGAGUAUCCUGACUACCCUGAUCAAAAGAGUACUCAAAUCAAGGUGUAUCAAAAACCCACUCACAUUAACAAGUCAAAGGGACUCAACAAGGUAUUGAUGGUGCGACCUCGCUUUCCUACCAUAUAUCGUGAAAGUGAAAAGCUUGAUGUAAAUGCCAUCUCAGAAGUGGUCGUUAUUGUUGAUGACACAUGGAAGAUUGGGGAUUUGGUAGAUUGGUUUUCUGAUGGUUGCUAUUGGUGUGGAAAAGUGACUGAACUAAUUGGAAAUGACAAAGUUCAGAUUGAUUUGCUACCUCCUCCGCAUGGUGAAGGGUGUUCAUAUGAAGCUUUAAGUAAGGACCUGCGCCCUUCCUUGGAAUGGUGCCCACAGAAUGGUUGGACUGUGCCUAUGCCUACGGAGGAUGGACGUAGGUGUCCUGCUCGGAUAAUGAAUCCAGCAAAUUCAGCAGGGAAUAUUGUGAACAUAACUGCUGCUAUAGAUGGAGCCGUAAACGUUGAUCAGCCUUCAUCUAGAUCCAUGGAUACUAGAGAGAAUAUGGAUAUUGAAGUGGCUGACAAUAAAAAUGGAAGAACUUCCUUUUCCGAUAUUAUUUCAAGCUCACAUAAUUCUGAUUCAUCAAUUGAGAUUCUGGAAACGGCUCCUAUAAAUAGACAUGAUGAUGAGUAUCCUGCUAAGAUGAGAACCGCCAGUAAUAGCCUUUGUCUGAAUUCCUCUUCUUCAAAUACAACAGACUCGGCAAUUCUAGAUUUGGAGGAACUUUUAAACAGAGUUAAAUGGUUAAGGAGUGUGUUGAAAUGUGAGGUGCCUCUAUCAGGUGCUAAACGCCCAUCUUGGCAAUUUUCGCAGCAUCAUGCGUCAUGCAAUUAGUUGUUUUCUAACAACUGUAAGACCUCGGCAUACAAUCUGAUGUUGUUGAAUAAUGCCUUGUCCCCGCGGCUGGUUUGGUAAUUACCAAAGUUUCCUUUUUUUUUUCUUCUCCAUUUUUGUCUUCCUCUUGGCAGAAAUUGCCUGCAUUUUUCGUGACUCUAUUCUUGCCGCAUCAUGAUUUGCUGCAGUCGGGAAAGAACGCAGUCAUGUCGGUCUUUAUUUAAGCUUGUUAUUUUUUGAGUUACAAUAAUCUACUGCUUCUGAUCAUCAGAUCAAAUUUAACAGCUAAUAGAAUAUUGACCGUGUGAUUGCGUGAAGACAGUGACAGCAGCACAUUCAGAUUUUUUCUUGCAUAAAAUAAUGUACUAAAGUAUAGUUGAACUUAAAAUCAAAUUAAAUAAGAAAUAUAACGGAUAGAUUGAGAAAUUA